CUUCAGGGUUAGGAAAAAAAAAAAAAUCUGGAAACGCGAGGAGUUGGGUUGGUUGACCGCACUUGGGAGACAGCGGGGACCUUCUGCUAGGACUCCGGCCCUGCUGCGUCUGAUCAGCCCCGUGGUCCCGCGCAUUUACCACCAUGGAGCUGCGGCCUCGUCUCGGGGCCACCUGUUUGCUGGGCUUCAGUUUCCUGCUCCUGGCCACCUCUUCUGAUGGACAUACUGGGCUUGGAAAGGGUUUUGGAGAUCACAUUCAUUGGAGGACAUUAGAAGAUGGGAAGAGAGAAGCAGCUGCCAGUGGAUUGCCCCUGAUGGUGAUUAUUCAUAAGUCCUGGUGUGGAGCUUGCAAAGCUUUAAAGCCCAAAUUUGCAGAAUCUACAGAAAUUUCAGAACUUUCCCAUAAUUUUGUUAUGGUAAAUCUUGAGGAUGAAGAGGAACCUAAGGAUGAAGAAUUCAGCCCUGAUGGGGGUUAUAUUCCACGAAUCCUUUUCCUGGAUCCCAGUGGCAAGGUGCGUCCUGAAAUUAUCAAUGAGAAUGGAAACCCCAGCUACAAGUAUUUCUACAUCAGUGCUGAACAAGUUGUUCAGGGGAUGAAGGAAGCUCAGGAAAGGCUGACAGGUGAUGCCUACAAACAGAAACAUCUAGAAGAUGAGUUGUAACAGCAACCUAUCUCUUCCCUCCAAGUUAGUGUUCUGGGAGAAAAGCAGCAGGGAGGGAAUAUUGAGGAACUGCUCAGAACAAUUAAACCAACCAGGUAACCUUGCUCCUGCCUCCACGGGAAGGAACUCGCACUGUGGAAGAAUUCUGCUCAGCGAAGCUGGACUCCAUGUUUGUGGAUCAAGCAAAGUGUGGCGGUCUUCCUUCUCUUGUCCCCCUUCACCUAAAUGUCUGUUGUUGAAUGUAGACAAUGAUACUUUUUGACACAAAACUUGAGCCAUUUGGAGGUGUACUCCUCACUUAAGUGUUUAAAUCUUUACAUUUCCUCUCACGUGACUGGCCUUGGUGGUGAAAGGAGACCAGGAGCAUCUUUUCUACGUCAAAAUUGCUGAAAUCACUUCUCAUUUAAAACAACAAAUCCUUAAUGUGUAUCAGUCAUUCUGCCCCCACCAAGGAGACCAGCCUGUUUUUAUUCUCUUUUUCUUCUGCGAAUAAUCUUGGGCUUCUUCCAUGAAUCCCUGCAACUUCCUUCCUCUCCUCCUGCUUGGGCCUCCCUGUUUGCAGGCAUGCGUGUGCAGGAAUGGCUGUGUGCUUAGACCCAGCCCCAGCUGGAAGCAUGCUUUUCCUGUUACUGUUGGAGAAACUCAAACCUUCAAGCCCGAGGCGGAGCCAUUUUUGUCAAGUUGUCAACUGUAUUUUUGUACUGGGGUUAACAAACAUAAAAUAUUAAUUGUUCUAUUAAACUUUAAUAAAAUUUUAAAAGGAAA